AUGGCGCCGGCUAAGGGUUCGGCAAAGGGAAAGGCCUCUUCUGGGGUGGAUUCCAAGAAGAGCAAACCGUUGUCUUCGGGAUCCCGAGUGAGCAAGAAAAACGUCAAACGCCCGCCACCCCAGGAAGUCAAGUCGAAGGCGCGCACUGAGCCAUCGUUAUUGAAGAAGACAAAGAAGAAGGAGUACUCUGAAGCAGAACUGGAUUUGCCUAAACUGAAUAUGAUCACGCCGGUUGGGGUGGUGAAGCCCAAGGGAAAGAAGAAGGGAAAGGUUUUUGUGGAUGACGAGGAGGGAAUGGCAACCAUCCUUGCCAUGGUGAAUGCUGAGAAGGAAGGUCAAAUCGAGUCGAAGCUGAUGAAAGCGCGUCAAUUGGAGGAGAUCCGAGAAGCGAAGAGGAAGGAGGCCGAAGCCAGGCAGGCACAAAAGAAAUCUAAACUGGAGGAUGCCAAACAAUCGAUACGCCAGAAGCGGAAGCACAGAGGCGACAAUGAUCAUGAUACUCGGACCGCCGAGCCGGCUUCAAAGUCAAAGGGGAAGAGAAAGAGCGUUUCAUUUGCUUGA